CCUUACCGAACCCCGAAGUUCAGGUCUUGAUUGGUAGCCAGCCUCACCUACGCCAUCUCAAUCCCACGGUCUCACCCCACCGCUCAACUACAUCCAAGAUGUCUUUCCAGAAGCCCGAGAAGGAUUUCGGCGAGGGCCCCAAGGUCCACAAGAUCCGCAUCACCCUUACCUCUCGCAAGGUCGCUUCCCUCGAGAAGGUCUGCACUGAGCUGAUCGACCGUGCCCGCUCCAAGUCCCUCCAGGUCAAGGGUCCCGUCCGUCUCCCUACCAAGACCCUUCACAUCUCCACCCGUAAGACCCCCAACGGUGAGGGUUCCAAGACCUGGGACAAGUACGAGAUGCGCAUCCACAAGCGUCUCAUCGACCUUCUCGCCCCCACCGAGACUGUCAAGCAGAUCAUCAUCAACAUCGAGGCUGGUGUUGAGGUUGAGGUCACCAUUGCCGCUUAAAUGCGCGCCUAACCUCUUAGUUGAGACUGGUGGCCGGG